CGUAGUUUCCGUCGACGUUGUGUAUUAGAAUUCUGCCGCGAAAUUGUGUGGUAUUUACAUUUACACUGUUAGGGAAAGUAUUUCUGCUUUCAUUCUCCUUGCGAGAAUAAAUAGUUAUUUACCUUUCGAAAGGUAGCCCUUUUCCGCUGAGGUUUUUAAAUCGGCGAGUUUCUAAUAUGUUUUGUGAAAAGGGAGUUGAACUGAUCAAGGAGCUUCACCUCCUGGGAGAUGGGCAGUUGUCUGCCUUCAAUGAAGAUGGAAUUCGGCAGGUACUUGAUGAAAUGAAGGCGUUAUAUGAACAAAAUCAGAGUGAUGUGAAUGAAGCAAAAUCAGAAGGCAAAAGUGAAUUGAUUCCAACUAUUAAGUUCCGGCACACCUGUCUGCUAAGAAACCAGCGCUGUGUCGCAGCCUAUCUCUAUGACAGACUCCUGCGCAUCCGAGCACUAAGGUGGGAGUAUGGAAGUGUGUUGCCAGCAUCUAUCCGGUUCCACAUGUGUGCAGAGGAGUUGGAAUGGUUCAACCAGUACAAGAAGUCCCUGGCCAUGUAUAUGAGGUCAUUAGGGGGAGAGGAAGGCCUUGACAUCACUCAGGACAUGAAGCCACCCAAGAGUUUGUAUAUAGAGGUUCGUUGUUUGAAGGACCAUGGAGAGUUUGAAAUAGAUGAUGGCACAAUCAUUCUUCUGAAGAAAAACAGCCAGCACUUUCUUCCACGGUGGAAGUGUGAGCAGCUGAUUCGUCAAGGAGUACUGGAGCAUGUGAUCUCUUGAGUCAGUCAGGAGUGCUCUCACCUUACUCUACUGAAAUGUCACAGCAAGUGCAGAAUAGGCAUUUCCCAGCCUGCACUCCAUCAGUGUUUAACAGGAAGAAUUUGUGGUUUUCUGACAUAUCUGCAACUGUAUAAUACCUGCAUCUGUGAAAGGAGAACUUAUUGGAAAGAUGAUGCUUGCGCUGACUUUGGGCUGCUUCUUGUAUGUAGCACUUUGAUAUUUUCUAAUAAAAUGUUUUUACAUUCUC